AUGUACAACGCGCACCGCGCCAUGGGCCCCGGCCCAGGGCCGCAACAGCCCGCAGACCGUUUGAAUGAGCUGCUGCAGCAGGUGCGCGCUGAGUUUGAACAGCAAGCAGGCCGUUCCACCGAGCACGAGCAUCAGUUGCACGCUCAGAUCCAGGAGAUGGAGCUCGUACGGACCAAGAUCUACCAGCUCGAGACGACCCAUGUGGCUAUGAAGAACAAAUACGAAGAAGAGAUCGCUCGUCUUCGCCAUGAGCUGGAGCAACGAGGAGGUCCAUCGCAAGGUCCACAUGCUGCUCCAUCACAGCCGCCACCGCCGGCCAUUGGCCACGGUCCAGCUAACUUGUUCCAAGGCAUCAUGGCGGGCGGUGCAGGCGGUCCAGGUCUUGCGCCCCCUCCUCCUCAAGAUCAGCAACCUCAACCUGGGAUGCCUGGUCACAUGGCUCCUGGUGGGGGUCCUCCCGGUCUGAACCCACCUCCAGGCCCUCCUCACAAUCCAUUCGCUGCUUAUGGCCAACAACCGCCGGCCGGGAUCAACGGCUAUGGUCCAGGGCAACCGCCCCAGCCAACUGCAUCUCCAGGUGCAGGCAAGCCUCGCGUCGGUGGACCACCUGGCCCUUUACGCGGUCCAGCUACACCACAGCAAAACCCAGCGAAUGCCUACCCAGGCAGCCCGCAGGUUCCUAGACCGACACCACCACCUGCGAACCCAAAUGCGCAGAUCGCAACCGAUUUCCGCUACACUCAUCAGGAUUUGGACGCCAUUGGCAACCAGCUCUCAGAGUACGAUCCCGACAAGCUUCCACCACACUUGAAGCGCCAAGGUGAGGAUUGGCACGCAGUCUUCAACCCAAAGGUGCACCGAAGACUGGACGUUGAUCUCGUUCACAACCUUCCUCACCAGAGUGUUGUCUGCUGCGUGCGCUUCAGCCAUGAUGGACGAUUCGUUGCCACAGGAUGUAACAGAUCUGCACAGAUCUUCGACGUCAACACUGGCAAGCAGGUCUGCCACCUUCAAGACAAUGGCAACAACAGCGAGGGAGAUCUCUACAUCAGGAGCGUUUGCUUCAGCCCUGAUGGCAGAUAUCUUGCCACUGGCGCAGAAGACAAGAUCAUUCGCGUGUGGGACAUUGCCCAGAAGCAGAUCCGACACCAAUUCGCUGGUCACGACCAGGAUAUCUACUCCCUCGACUUUGCCUCUGACGGCAGGUAUAUUGCAUCUGGGUCGGGCGAUAGGACCAUCCGCAUCUGGGACCUCCGAGACGAUCAGUGCGUCCUCACACUGUCGAUAGAAGACGGAGUCACCACCGUCGCCAUGUCUCCGAAUGGCCGCUUCGUCGCGGCAGGUUCAUUGGACAAAAGCGUUCGUAUUUGGGACACUCAGUCUGGUGUUCUUGUCGAGCGCACUGAAGGCGAGCAAGGCCACAAGGACAGUGUCUACUCGGUGGCAUUCAGCCCUACGGGAGAGCACCUUGUCUCUGGUUCUCUCGACAAGACCAUCAGAAUGUGGAGACUCAACCCACGUGGCCAAUACAUCCCAGGAGGCCACCCACCACACCCAAAGAACGGCGAAUGCAUCCGCACUUUCGAAGGCCACAAGGACUUUGUGCUCAGCGUUGCGCUCACCCCAGAUGGCUCUUGGGUCAUGUCUGGGUCCAAGGAUCGAGGCGUGCAGUUCUGGGAUCCAGAGACUGGUGCCGCUCAGCUCAUGCUUCAAGGCCACAAGAACAGCGUCAUCUCCGUCGCCCCAUCGCCAAUGGGCGGCCUCUUCGCAACUGGUUCUGGUGACAUGAAGGCGAGAAUCUGGCGCUACGUUCCAUAUUCAGGAGUCUAG